CUUAGAUUGGGUAUAUAGGUUUGUCAGUUAGGGGUUAGAGUCUACGUGGUGAGGAGUGGAAUCAUUUUGAUUGUGCACCUAUCACCAUGGUUGAGACCCGUACUGGGUUAGAGACUAGUCCCUAUAGUCAGGAACAGCAAGAAAAGAUGGCUGCCUUAGUCAGAGAGAAUAGGGAGAGGAAAGAGCGUGAGAAGCAAGCGAAGCUAAAGGCUAUCGCAGAUGAACAAGCGGCGAAGAUGAAGAGAUUGGAGGAGGAGAUGAAGAAAAUACAACAAGAGGAGGAAGAAAGAAGAAAAGUUGCUGAAGCAGAAGCGGCAGCAGAAGAAGAGAAAGAGAGGAUGAGGAUUGAGAGUGGAGAAGGGAGUAGUGGUGGCACGAUGACAAGGGAAACAGAUACAGGGCUAGAGAAGAAGAUCAGCGAGUGGGUCGCUAAUUUAUCGUUGGGGGAAGACGAGGAGGCGAAGUCCUGUGUAACUAAGGAUGAGAAGGCAGCGUUGGCCGCUGAGCUAGAGUGUAGAGCGGAGGUGCUGCCCCAACCAGACGAUAAGGCCAAGUGGGACAAAGUACUGGGGUAUCUGGAGGUGUUGAGCAAGGCCUGGAUGGAGGAGCGUCAGGCAAGCUGGAGACAGGAUGUAACAUUGAGUGCCAUGCGAUCAGGGUUUAGAGAUUUUGCGCGCGAGAUCGUCACCCAUAUUGGGGGCGAAGUGAAGCACUUGAGAGAUGAUGUAAGGAAGUUUUGUGAGGGCGCUAUUCAGGGUGCCAAAGCUGUAGCCGCUGUAGAGGGAGAGGCCAGACCCCGUAAGAACCCAGUGAAGCUUAGGUUUCCGGAUGCGUACGGGGGAAAGAAGGAAGAAAACUUUGACAACUGGGAAGCCAGUGUCAAUAGUUAUAUUUAUUUGCAGCAUAUCUUGGUCGAGGAACAAGUCCUUGUGGCCUUCCAGGCCCUCAAAGAUGAAGCGGCUAGUUUUGCCAGGUCUCUUGCGCGUACAGCCGGUUGUGAAAACAACCUGGUUGCGUAUUCCAAAGUCACUCCUCUCUCCCAAUUCCUCAAGCUCCUCAAGGAGCGGUUCGCUGACCCAGCACGAGGCAUUAGAGCCUUUGAUAAGCUUCAAACGAUUCACUCUCGACAGUGGAGGAGUGCCAAGGCACUCAAGAGUACUAUGGACGACUUGGUAGCCGUCCCUGACCACGGGGUCACCGAACCCCAAUUGGUCCAUUUGUUUUAUCGUGCCAUCCCAGAGGCCCUACGCGGGCAUUUCAUUGACAAGUCUCAGCAGACCGACAUCACAUAUGAUCAAUUGAGUAKGGAGGUCGUCCUGUAUGAGUCAAAGUCUAUGCCAGUUACCACUUUCUGGCAUAAGGACCUGGAGAAGGGAAAGAAGUGGAAGAAUCGUACUAUCUCAGGCCAAGUAAAGGCCAAGGAUCACAUUACCCUGACGUUAGAGGAAGGUGGUACUGAUGAGGUCCCGGAUGAUCAGAUUGAGUGGGGCCUCGAAGAUGAUGGCAGUAGUGUGGGGCAAGGGAGGUCUUACGCUGUUGUCGCGGCUGGAGGGAGGCCGCAAGGAGGAGGAGGAGGCCAGGGCCAAAGGGGCCCCGCCAUGGGAGGCCGAGGACCGGGCGCACAGGGGGUUGGCGGACAGGGAAACCGCCAAGCGGGAGGUAGGGGUCAAGGUCCCCCGUCAAAUCGUCAGGGUCAUUGGUCCCCACAACGAAGAGGUGGAAGAGCACCUCAAGGAGGUUGGCACCCAGGCUUGCCACAGGGCAGGCCUUGGGAAGACUUGGGCUUGGACCGACAAUUAUGGCAGGAACGCGUGAACAUGGGUCAGUGCGAGCACCAGGGUCAUCUGAGGCAGGUCUUGGAGAAGCUUAGAGAGGCUAACUUCAAGAUCAAUGCGAAGAAGUGCGAGUGGGCCAAGACGCAAGUCUUAUUCUUGGGCCACGUGUUGGACGGAGAUGGCAUUAAGCCAGAAGACAGCAAGAUCGCGGCGAUCAGAGAUUGGCCGACGCCCCGCACAUUGACAGAGUUGGGGUCGUUCCUAGGCUUAGCUAACUACUAUAGGAAGUUCGUAAGGAACUUCUCUACUAUCGUCGCUCCCUUGCGCAGGUUGCUGAAGAAAGAGGCAAUCUGGCAAUGGGACAAAGACUGUACGUCUGCGCUCAAGAAGCUAAAGCGCGCGUUAAUAGAAUAUCMUGUCCUCAAAGUUGCAGAUCCGUCUUUGCCAUUUGUCGUCACCGCGGACGCGAGUCAGUAUGGGAUAGGCGCCGUGUUGCAGCAAGACGACGACAAUGGCUAUAGACCCGUAGAGUUCAUGUCCGCGAGGAUGCCCUAGGAGAAGGUCGCUACCUCCACGUACGAGAGAGAACUCUACGCUCUCAGGCAGGCUUUAGACCAUUGGAAGCA